ACGUCGGCACAGUCGUCCGGUAACGAUAUCACGUGGAACAAUUGCGCGGGAGUUCCGACACUUGGUCGUUAUUGUAUUACACUAUAAUAAAGUACAUUAUACCUAUUUAUAUUGUAGUCUUCCGUCGUCUCUGUAGUAGUGCACACGCGGUUUCGUCUUUUGCUCUGCGUCGGCAUAAACACACACACACACACAUCGUAUAAAAUAAUAUAAUAAUAUUAAAUUUUGUCUUUUCAAAUCUUUUCCGCGACGCGAUAUACGUAAUACACACACGCGCGCAACAGUAGCAGCCCUCGAUCGGAUCGUUUUUUUUGAUUCGAUCUUACAACCAGAUCGAUAUACAAUACGAUAUACCGACUGCAUCGGGCACUUGGAUCGCUCCGACUUACACAACGCGCGCACGAGCGAGACCGGAUAACGGAAACGACCGUCGGAUGUCUGUGGAACGGUCGUAAAGCAACGCCGGUGGUUUUGUCGUACGAUGAGCGUGCGGGCGCUAUUGCGCGCGAUACUUUUGGCCGUCGUCUUGGUCGCCGCGACAUGUCGAGCCGACGAAACGACGAGCGAUUAUUCCGCCGCCGCUGACCCUACAGACCGACCGGAGUCGACUGAAGACGAGCAGGAAACGAAUAAAUCAGCAGCACCUAACCAAGGAUUAAAACCAACAAAAUACCACUAUUAUCCACAUAAUCAACACAUAUAUCUACUACCCGAGUGUGCAGUUCAACAGGUGUGUAAUGCUGUAUAUGUAAGACUCAACUACACGCAGCCACUAUGCGCCUGUCCGUCCAGGUACAAAGAGCCGUGCUCGGCAUCGUUGAACGCUGAUGACCUACACACUACGGAACUGUCUACGGACCCGACCGGCAAAAUCCUCACGCUGGUCAAGACGUGCGAACCAGUGGCCGAAAUGAGGACGUGCCGUUCGCCGAGGGACUGGUCGCUGUUGGCCCUGCAAAACGUCCGCACCGGCAAGUCGCAUUACCUGGUCAUCUGCAGGUGUCCGCACACCAAUCUGCUGGAGGGCCCGAUGAGUCACGACCAGCCGACGUACGCCAGCGUCCCCGGCAUCAGAGUGUACGGCAUGAUGUGCGUGACGAAGAAUGGUGGCGGAAGCGGUCACCAGACCACGUUGGCACCACCGCUCCAUUCCAGCCCGGCGCCGAUAACCAAGCGACGGGCAAGGCCCCUGAGGACCCCCCGAUCGUUGGACGCCUACUACAGGAGGUCUUCGGAAAGCCAAUCGUCGCCACCAUUCCCUUGGCGCAGAGCCAUGCAGUUUAUCAAAUCCGUGCAAGCAGAAGAGUCGCUGAAAAGUAAACAGUCUUAGACCAUUCGUCGUCGAUACUGAAAACGGUUGAAUAAAAUUAAAAUUCGAUUAGCAAAUGCAUUAUAUUAUUUAUUAUUAUACAAUAUUAAAAUAAUAAAAUGUAAUGAAGCCGCUCAACUUUUUUCUUUUACCUAAAAAUUAUUUAUUACUUACUUUUUUUUGAAUAGAUACAAAUAUACAAUACACAAAAAUACAUCAAUGUAAUUUUUUUUUUUUGUACAACAAGGUGCUUUGUGCGUUUUAAAUGUUCUAUAAUAUUGUACAUAGCA